CUAUGUCAGCAGAAUGCAGAGGCUGCUUUUUCUGUCAGCGUGGAGGGAAUAAACCCACAAGGAGGAGAGAGACACACACAGGAAUUAGUGACAGGGUGACACUUGGCAGAGGACAGGACACCUCGUCCACGUCCGCCGCACCAUUCAGAGCCGCUUGUUUACUUCAUUCUCCACGAGCCCCGCGUCACGCAGAGACAGCCACGGGAAUGAGUUUAUCUGGGCUCUGAAAAGUGUCAUCGAGUGAUGAGGACUCAUCAGAUGAGAGCAGCAACAAUAAGUUACUGGUUUUAUAGGGGACAUGAGGAUAACCACAGUUCAAAAUACGCAAACGUCUGCUGCAGCCAGGUAACAGAGCACCGAGGUGAAGACCUGCCCGCUCUUCUGACCAGACGGACGUAUUCAUGAACAGUGGAUCAACUUUUGGAAACAAAACAAAAUGCAAAAAUAAGCUCAGUUCCUCUCAUAGAGCAACUGAUAUGAACGGUAACACAAUUACUAUUAUUAUUACUGCCCACUAGAAUUAAAAUAACUGAAAAAAUAAAAAAAUCAACAUUCUGUAGAAUGUGUCUCACUGUUUACACAAAUAUUUAGUUGGAAAAAAAGGGUGAAAAGAUACACCCCAAGAAUAAAAAUUCCAGUGUGCCAGAAAGUAAAGUUGAACAUUUUUUAAAAAGAUAUCAAAAAGCAGGCAAAUACUCAUGUCAUUAAAUCAUGAGCUGUAUAUUUCAUUCUGACUCAACUUAUGAUCUAAAUUAAAGUAGGACUGAACACAAACUGGGCAGCUGACAAGAGUUUAUCUCUUCAUAGUAAUGCUCUGCGCUUACUACGAAGCGCAGAGCAGCUGGAUCAGCAGCUGGACUUUUAAAGCUCCCGAUAACAAGCAGAGCCAGCCCAGCGCCGGUCCCUGCACAGUGAUUCAUCGAGAGCUCGACGCCUGUGUGUGCACUGCAUGAUGCUGCCGCAGCAGCGGCUCAUGACAGCAGCAGCAGCACAUGCACCCUUGGCCUGUAUGGUGCCAGAGAUUCACCACUGUCACCCAGGAAGGACUGAAGGCUGAGCCAACAAACCUAUGAGAAAUUCUAAGUGUCCACAAAGAUGAAGGCCAAAAAGAAGAAGAGGCAGGACGAUUUCCAAAAAGUUAAGCUUAAAGUGGGAAAGAAGAAGCCCAGGGCUGAUAAUGCCACCAACACUAACUUCCGUACAAGAGGAAUCUGUCUGCCUGACCAGUUAAAGAGAGACACAAGCGGCCCCACAACUCACAGACAGCUGGGCAUUAAUGAGCUCCUGUCUCAGCUGCAUCAUUACAGUGCCAAUGUGAAACACAGUGCCUUGUUGGGGUUGAAAGAGCUGCUGUCUCUGAGUCCUUCUCUGUUGGAACAACAUCUUUCACGCCUGCUCUCCGAAGUGGCAGCUGUUCUAUCCGACAAGGAUGGAAAUGUUCGCGUGGCAGCAACCCGGGCUCUCAGGUUCAUUGCACAGUCUGUGCCGGCAGAACAAGUGGCUCCGUUCUUCCCACUUCUCAGCGCUCACCUGACCUGCGCUAUGACCCAUAUCGAGCCAGGCAUCCAAGGGGACGCCAUGAAUGUCCUGGACAUCUUCCUGGAGCAUUACCCCUCUCUGCUGGCCUCUCGACCCGUGGUGCUCCUCACCAACUUCCUGGAGCUGAUCUCUCACAGGCAGAACUCUGGAGGAGCCAGAAAGACUCAGGACGCCAGGGGCCGAACCUGGACACUCUCAGUCCACCCAGACAGGAGAGUGACCAGCCAGCAGUGGCGUCUCUCUGUUCUUCUUAGGCUUGGAAACUUUCUGCAAGCGAUUGUUGAGGAAAGACCAACGGAGGAGGGCGACUUGUCUAUGCGAACCGAAGGAGUGUUUGGUUCAAGUGGGAUGAGCCGUCUUACCCCUCUGAAUCUGAACUGGGAGGAGCUAACUUACAAAAAGAUUGACGUUAAGGUGUAUGAAAACUCUGGUGCCACCCCAACUCCCCACUCCACCUUUAAACUCAGACCUGAGAUGGACCCUGGCGGCCUGGGAAGCAAGGGUCUGGACUCGGCCGAGACCGUUCAGAGUUUCGCAGGCACACUCGUGCCUCUGCUGCUGGAGGUUUGGGUGGAAGCCUGCGCCGGAGACUGCUCCUGGAACAGCACCGAGGGCGCCCACCUGCUCACACCUGACGCCACGUCCGUAAUGUUCCAGGUCUUAUCUAUUCUCCAGCUGCUGAGGAAACUGCCCACCCACCGUGAGAACAAGGAGGCACUGGAUGCUUGGUUUCGUAAGGAAUAUCUGGAAGACUUUAAGCAACACUUCAUGAAGAACUUUCCAUAUGGUCUACGGGACACACCGAAACAUAAGAAGAAAGUUGAUCUCAAGAGGAGCAAACAGACAGCGGCCGUCCCUUCUUCCACCGUAGAGCCCCUGGCAUUAAACAUCACGCUCUGCCAGGUCAUGGUGUCUCUCAGCCAGAAGCAGGGCCUCGGUCACGAGGCAGACGGGGACUGGCUGUCACCACUGAGGGCUUUUGUUCGGGACACCCUGGGGAACGGUGUGAAGCUGAGCUACAGGCAGCUACACAUGCUGCUGCGCACCGUGUGGAAGAUGGUGCUCACGCAGCAGAGCCGAGCAGUGACAGAGGAGCUGCUGGCGGCUGUUUACAUCUACUAUAAGCAGAAGAACCUGCCGCUGCAGACGAGAUCGCUGCUGCUCUCCUUCUACAGCAAACUCUACCUGCAGGAGCAAGAACACACACACAUUGCCAGGAGCAAGGUGUUGUGUCGAUGGCUGGCCUCUCUUCCUGUUCAGUUGUCCCAGCUGGGCCACCGUAACCCAGCUCUGUCUGCUCAGCUGAUCGUUUCCAUCCAUGCUGCAGCUUCCCGAGGAAACAAAGAGCUUCUCAACAGUCUGCAGACAUACGCAUGCAGGCUCUACGAUCCUCAGGACGGAGUUGUGGUGCUGCUACCAGCAGAGUCCCAGCAGCGAAUGGUGCAGCUGCUCUACUUUCUCCCCAAAAUGCCCCAGCCUCUGCUGGCCAAUCUGAGCGGCUGCUGCACCGCCGGACGCAUCUCUGCGACCCUCGCCGCCUCCCUCAUCCGUAUCCUACACUUUAGGUCCUCUCUCAGCGGCUGGUCGGUCGGGAGCCAGGAAGCAGCUCUGCAGGACGUCGACUACAUCAGCUUCCUGUUCUCGACCCUGGCGGGCUUCUCGUCCGAACACCUCGCCGCCCUGCAGGACGAUGAGACCGCCCUGCUGCCCUCCUCGCUCUCCCCCCUCUGCCUCUACCAAACGCCGCUGGAGCAGUUCACACACCACUGGGAUGUUGUCGAGGAGGUGUGUCACUCUCUGGAAACCAUCGGAUCAAAGUCGCAAUGCUUUGACAUUCUGCAAAAUGGCAUCUUCAGAUACCUGAUGAAGUUGGAGGUUGUUCCUGACAGCAUGGCAGCUGGGCUGCUGAGAGCCGUUUCCAGACUAUUAGACCUGUCCAUCCUGCCCGCCGAGCAGGUGCUGCGUUUCCUGUCCCAGUGCUGCCUCAGCCUGCUGGUGCUGCUGGUCAUCAUGCAGCAGCACGCCCCCACUGAAACCAACCACAAAAGGGAGGCAAUCUGGAGUUCCUGUGUGACGGCACUCAGCAGCGUCCCUCGCCUGCUGCGGAUCGUUCUGCAGUCGAUGCACGUUGGAGACCUGAGCGCAGAGGAGCUGCCGCAGCUCGGCCAGAUCCUCUCGAUGCUGCUGCAGCACACGCCGCUGCACAACCAACUGAUGGCCAACGCUGUGCUGCUGCAAGAGCUUAUCCAGAAUCUAACGAGGUUUUUCCGGGGAGCGACCAGAGAGCAGUGGCUGACAGAUUUGCUCUACUGUUACAGCGUCACCGUGGCUCACGGCUCCUCUGCACACCGUGGAAGCAUGGGCCUCAGAGACAUGUACUAACGCCAUUCAUUUAGCAGAGACGGAAUCAAAAAACUUUUUUUUUUCUUUUUUACUCGUAGUUCACAUAAACUUCAUGUUUUGUUGUGCCUGUUCUGAUUGUUCCCUCAGUCUUUAAUGAAGCUUAGAAAACCUUUGUUUAAAAAAAUAGAAUAAAGGAAAAUAAAAGUCGAAGUUAACCUCAGCUUUUUAUUUUAUCCGUCUUUUACAUAGCGCUAUAAGAUUCAGUUUAAUAUUUAAUUAAUUUGUAAAAUGACACAGCUCUGAUAAUGAAGGCCUAGUUCAGACAUGCACGUUUCUUUGAAAGGGAAAACGUUUAAAGAACAGACCGAUGUGUAGAGUGUGUGUCUGCACUGCUGCAGGUGGGCUAUCUGUAUGACCGGCUGUUGAUAGACUACCUCAUUCUCCGUAGCGAGGAAAGGUUAUCUUGGUGUGUGUGUGAGUAUGACAGCAAUAGAGACUGAGGGGGGGCAGUGUGUAUGCACUCCCUCCGUACUGGAUGAAAGGUUAUCUUUUACACACGCCAUUUCUGUAGAUUUAACCCCACCCUGUGAGGUCACGGCUCUGAUGUCACAUGACUUAAUUUUAGAAAGCCCGGCACGUUGAGCCAACAUUGUGUGCAGUAAAGUCUGACGAAGUGAGACUGACAGCCAGCUGAGAAAACAAACCGCUGCGUUGCAGAAAUAUUCAUAACCCUGCAAGUCUUCUACCGUUUGUCAGCUUCAAUCCCAACUAAAAAAUUUUGCACAACUUCAAACCUUCAAGCAUUGAAGGUCUUCAACUUCAGGGCCGGUGUCCCUGCGAUCUCCGUGCCCUCAAGAGUCUCAAAUUUAUGAAUCAAAAAAUGAGGAAUCAAAAUGUCUUAAAUUUAUUUUACAUAGAUGCAAGUUGGCUUUAAAUAUAUGAAUCUCAAGUCUUAAAUUUUGUCACAGCAGAACUAUUUAAUCUCUAUGACAGUGUAUUAAUGCCAGUAUAGAUGGAAAGAAAAACGUUUUUUGGUGGAAAUUUACUCAUUUAAAAUUGAAAUUUACUCCUUUUUAAAAAAUUGUUAGAAAAAAAACGUAGAAAUUUUGAGAUUAAUCUCUGAAAUUU